GGAAAUUGUUCCAACCCUUCUCCAUAACCUUGACUGGUAGCUUUGCAUAAUAUACAAGCUGCGACAAUGUUCAGAACAGCUGCGCGCAGUUUCGCGGCCUCUGCGCUGCGCAGUGCAGAGGUCAAAAUAGCAUCAGAAGCCGGGUACGCCACCGGGAUAAACAUCUCCAAAGCCCAAGGCAUUGGGCAACGGGGUUUCAUAGACGCCAUCGGCAAAACACCCCUCAUCCGCCUCAAGAAGCUCUCCGAAGAAACGGGCUGCAACGUGCUCGGCAAAGCAGAAUUCCAGAACCCCGGCGGCAGCGUCAAAGACCGCGCCGCCCUCUUCGUGGUCGAAGCCGCGGAGAAAGCCGGCCUCCUAAAACCCGGCGGCACCGUCAUCGAAGGCACAGCAGGCAACACGGGCAUCGGGCUCGCGCACGUCUGCCGCUCAAAAGGCUACAAGCUAGUCAUCUACAUGCCCAACACGCAAUCGCAGGGCAAAGUCGAUCUGCUGCGCCUGCUCGGCGCAGAAGUCUACCCCGUCCCCGCCGUCGCCUUCGAGAACCCGGAGAACUACAACCACCAGGCCAAGCGCCACGCAGAGCGCCUCGACAACGCAGUGUGGACAAACCAGUUCGAUAACACGGCGAACAGACAGGCGCAUAUCGAGACCACGGGCCCGGAGAUCUGGUACCAGACUGAGGGGAAAGUCGAUGCGUUUACCUGCGCAACGGGGACGGGGGGCUCGCUUGCGGGCGUAACGCGAUACCUCAAGGACAAGUCUGAAGGGCGCGUGAAAUGCUACCUCGCUGACCCCCCUGGGUCGGUGCUGCACUCGUACAUACAGUCUGGCGGUAAGCUGCCCCAGCGCGGCGGCAGCUCCAUCACAGAAGGCAUCGGCCAGGGCCGCGUGACAGAUAAUCUCAAGCCUGACAUUGACCUGCUGGACGGCUCGCUGCAUAUCAGCGACGAGAAGACUAUCGAGAUGGUGUACCGCUGCUUGGACGAGGAGGGCCUGUAUCUGGGUGCUAGCUCGUGUCUGAAUGUCGUCGCUGCGAAGGAAGUCGCUGAGAAACUGGGCAAGGGACAUACCGUCGUUACCCUGCUUUGCGACGGCGCGUAUCGCUAUGCUGAUCGGCUGUUUUCGAGGAAGUGGCUUGAGGAGAAGAAACUUUAUGGCGCAAUACCAGAGCGGUUGACUAAGUAUAUUGUCUUGCCGUAAGGGGAGUGAGUGGGUGGAGAAUGUGUAGGUGGGUAGGAUAUCUGUAUAUACGUCAAAAGUUUCAAGGCGAGGUCGGGACAUGAAUGUAAAAAAUCGGGGGUUAUUUUCUAGUGUCAUCAUCAGACUCAAUUCUAGCAUGCACUGAAAUAGCGACGCUCUUUCAUGCACUAUUUGAG